UCGUGCAUUUAGCAGCUAGGCCUUUUGCUGUAUUUAGUACACAGUGGUAAAGAUUUAUAAUUGACGCUGGCGUGAAUUAUACAACAUCGAAAGAGUAGCGCAUAUAAUGAAAUGAAUAUCAUUUUAUUUGCAAAUUAUAUAUGUAUACCCUGAAUUAUACAGGCUGCACUUUUAGUUAAUUCUGUUCUAUAGCCCCAGAGUACUCUUAUCCUAAAAGAGAGAUUAUGUGUAACAGAAAAUGACUUACUGUGCUGUAAAUUCAGGCAGCAUUUAAUCAUUAUUCAUUCAUUCAUUUUAUCAUUGAGACAGAUUGCCUGCAGCACUGAAUGCAAUGUGCGACGCUUUAAACAUGGGGCAUUUAGCACACGGUAUGCAUGAAGGGAUGUAAGGCUCGGUGCUCGGGCAAGUGGGUACAGCGCAGUGCCGGCUGGGGUUUGAAAGCCGAUUGCAAUGAAACGGCGGGGGAUAUUUGCGCCGAAGCAGUCCGGCGUUUUCUUCUCAACAGCUCGAAGUUGCAUUGCAGGGGUGGGACUUCUGCAGUCGGGGGGAGCGCUUCCAGAGGGAUGCUUUUAGCGGCGGGCAUAGCGGGACCUCACCUUGCAUGCUGACGCUCGGACUGCUUCGAUAAUACUGGCAGCAUCACACGGUGCUGCUGCAAAAUAGCGGAGCGCAUCGCCCAUGCCGCAUGUACGGCUCUGAGGAAGGGACCCAACAAAGGUGCUGCUAGAGGAACAGGGGGCACUUGUUCCUUUUGAUGGCGAGAGGUAAAUGAACUGAGGACGGAAGAUCGGUGGACUUUUCAUCCGCCCUUCCUGACCGCACCAAACCAAACAGCAGCUCGGAAGCACCAUAAUGUCCUCAGCGCAAGGCAGGGAUAUAUCUGACUACCAUUUCAGCGUGGUUCGCAACCCGCCUGGCUGGGAGGUGGGGCUCUAUGUGGCCGGUUUCCUGACGUUGCUGAUGUUGGUGGCUUUCAACCUAUGGAAGCUGUGGAAAUCCGGAACCUUCCCCGCUCCAUCCCCCUUCCCCAACUACGACCACCGCUACCUGCAGGAGAAGUAUGGCACUUCUUACUCAGAAGUGAGACAAAAGAGAGUCGCAGCCUCCAACCACAGGAGGGCAUCGACAAGCCGCAAGCCCAGCCUUCAGCUCGGGGACACCCCCGACGGGCUGCGUGAGCUAGGGCCUCUCGAGCUCAUGAGCAGGGAGUUGGACCCAGCUGGAACCGGGCCGCUCAGCCGCUCCCUCUCUGCCGACUCCCUGAGUUCCGUCUCUUCCGUCGCUCACAAUUUCGGCCACGACUUCACGGUGGGCCAGCUGGAGGUGACGCUGGAGUACGAGGCACGGACGGGGACGCUCUUCCUCUCCCUGCUGCAAGGGAAGGACCUUCUUGAGAAGGAGGAGGAAGACUUUCCCUCCUGCUUCAUCCGCGUCACACUGCUGCCUGACGAGCUGAGCGUGGGCAUCUCCAGGGUCCAGAGGAACGCGUUCACCGUGGUGUUUGACGAGCGAUUCUCCGUCCCACUGGACCCAGCUUCUCUCGAAGACAAAAGCUUGUGCUUCGAGGCUUUUGGCGUGGACGCAGAUGAGAGGAACAUCAGCACCGGGGUAGCAGAGCUGAAGCUGUCAGACCUGGACCUCUCACUUAGGCCUUUCAAUGCCUGGCUGUACCUUCAGGAUGUAAACAAGGCUGUAGAUGCAGUUGGGGAGAUCCUACUUUCUCUGAGCUACCUGCCUACAGCAGAGCGCCUCACUGUCGUUAUAGCAAAAGCCAAGAACUUGGUGUGGACCAAUGGAAAAACCACAGCAGAUCCAUUCGUCAAGGUGUACCUACUCCAGGACGGACGAAAGAUAAGCAAGAAAAAGACUUCCAUGAAGAGGGAUGACACCAAUCCCAUCUUCAAUGAGGCCAUGAUCUUCUCUGUGCCGGCCAUUGUGCUGCAAGACCUCUCCUUGAGAGUGACGGUCGCCGAGUACACCGAUGACGGCCGGGGGGAGAAUGUGGGUCAUGUGAUCAUCGGCCCAGAGGCCAGCGGCAUGGGCAUCACACACUGGAAUCAGAUGCUGGCCACGCUGAGGAAACCAGUAUCGAUGUGGCAUCCACUGCGGCAGACCUAGUCCCGCCACGUCAUCAAAACCCUGAAGCAUAGUCCCAGUCUCUCCGAUCACACUCUGUUCCUGCAUGGUGCCUAAUGUCUCACUAUUACACCACCACAGAUGGGGAAAAGUUUAAAAAAAAAACAGUGAACAAGCUUAUCCGAGGCUCUAGAGUAAAAUAAAAAAAUGAUGGGUGCAAAAGCUUAUUUUUUCAGGAAACGAAUCUUUGUCUUUUAAAACCAGUUGUACAGUGCAUAUGAUAUUAUAAUAGAAUACAAGCAGGUGUUGAGAUGAGUUUUCUAUCAGAUCUAUAAAGUAUAAAAGUCUAAAUCCUACAGCUUUUUGGUAUGAAGCGUGUUUUUGUCUUAGACCCUGUCUAAUAUCUUGUGCUUUUUAAAUCCAGGUUCUCUUAAUCCAGGUUAAUCAAUCUUAACUUCAGGCUAUCCAUCUCUCCAGAGACAUUCUCGAACUGAACACGUAAAACAUGCAAUGUGUGAUACUUUGAUUUUAACUUCUCUUCACUUAUCGACCACUACUUAACUUGUUUGAAGAUGAUCACCAUUGUACUACUUUUUUAUAAUUCUGAUUCAUGCAUUGUUUGGUUUCCAGCAUAUGUUUUGUAUGCUGGAAUUUAUGUCUGAAAUAAUCUCAAAGCUUGGUGAACUGCUGAACUUUGGACAGACUCUUACUGAACGUGGCAUGAAUGACAAACCUCCUUCAGAGUGAACUGAUUCCACUCCUGCCAUUGUUAAUUUUUUAAAUGCAUUGACCAUUUUUUGGUUUUAGAUUUAAGCUUUACACUAUAAUUACACUUCUCAAAUGGCCUUUGACUUUUUAGUGAAAAAGUCAUCCAUUUAUGGAUUUUCUAAGCACUACAGGAUGGGCAGGCAAUAAUUUUUUUUGUACAAUAGAAUAGUAAUAGAAUAAGUUAAUGCAUUAACAUAUUUUGCUUCCAUUGACAUGUGUACUUAAAAUUUCCUUAAAUUCCUGCAAAGUAAGUUUUAUGGUAUAUUUAUGUAUUAUUGGGUUGUCUGUUGCAAGGUAGCUACAUGCCAGUUCAUUUGCUCAUAUUACAUAAUACCUAUUCAUAUUUAUUAUGAAUUAUUAAAUACGAGAAUAUGCUAUAAUUAUGACUCAAAUAAAUGUUGUCUAUUUUAUUUAUUUAUUGUUUAUUUAUUUGACAUGUAAAGGCUCCAACCACCAGUAGGCUACCGUAAAUUUAUGCUGUAGCAAGUUAUUACAUAUGAGAAAAUUCAUCGUUUUAAACUUAAGCGUGACCUGAACAUGUUUCAUCGUGCCAAAUCUUAUCAAAGCAAUAUAAUCAUUUAUUGUGUGCAUUUCUACAUUUUGUGAUCGAAAAAUUAAAAUUUUACAGUGCAUGAUCUUUUUCAGAACUUGUAACAGAUGUGCGACCAGAAUAAAGUAUUGUGUUAGAAUAUUGUUUUAAAUAAAAUUAAACUAUAAAUAAAA